UAAUCAAAGCUUAUAUAAACUUGUACGGCACCACUGUUACUCGGAAGUCCUCUAGAAUUUGGCCUAGAAGUAUGUCAACUCCAGGAACAAGACAGAUUACUAAAGCUCCAGAUAAAGGCAUUUUCCCGCUAGAUCAUGAAGGUCUAUGCAAAAGUGAAAUGAGAUCAUACAUGAGGUGUUUGAUGGCCAACAACAGAGAAAACUCCAAAUGUAGAUCAGAAGCUAAAUCAUAUCUUCAGUGUAGAAUGGAUAAUGACUUGAUGCAGAAAGAGGACUGGAAAUCUCUUGGCUUCCAUGAAGAGGAGAAAGAUAAUGUGAAAAAUGCUACAUAAUAUCACAGACAUUCAAAACUAGAAAUUUUAACCCUUCAUCUGUGAUAAAAAAAAUUGUUUUCUAAUCAUAUUUGCUGUAAGAAGCUAGAUUAGAUAUAAGCAGAAUUUUGUGUAAAUUUGAAGGAUAUGAAUUACAUGUAUUUAUGUACAUGUAACCUUGCGAGUAGGCCAAGUAAUCUGACUUUUGACUUACAUGAUUGUUUCAAAGUGUGUAAAAUAAAUAAAGUCUUUCAAUAUUUUUUUAA